AUGGAUAUACAUAGCGACGAUAACGAGCAAAAGAUGGAUAUUGUCCCUACAGUUCGUUCUUCAACCGAUGAAGAAGAACCUGACAAUGACGAUGAAAGGGCCGUUAUGAUAAUACUACAUGAAGCACUACGUCCAUGUGAUGGUGUUGAAUACUCGGACCAUAGGGUACAUACGAAUACCUUGAUGUAUAUGAAAGACCUGAAAGCCAAUAAUAGGCGAAGCUGGUUCAAUUACUUCAUCUUUGGAAUCUACCGAUACGUUAGUUUCAGUAAGGACCAAAGACCAUACAAGACCUCGAGUCGUUGUAAAUUGGAGGCGGCUUUUGGGCCCCUGAGCCAGAGACUGUCAGGCUUGUUCGGGAGAGCAUUGAUCAAAGGCCGCAACUGGCUGAAGCAGGGCUAUGAUGCGAACUAUGUUGACACUGAACUCUUGCGACUGCUGAAAAAUGAAGUUGUCAAGAAGGUACACGAUGAGAUCUUCAUGGCUGAAGAUGGCCAGUUAAAGAUCAUCGAAUCCAGCCGCACCUUGCCACCAUUUCUGAGUCUCAUAGAUUUGGGAAAUAAUAAAGUCCUGUUAAAGCGUUCUGUCUUCCUUUACGACUGUGGUACUUCAAUGGUCAGGCCCAACCAAGGCCAUUGCGCUGAAGCCGUAGAACAACAGGACAGAGCCUCCAUAUGUGAUUGUCGUACUGAGCGUGAGGAUGACGCCGACAGCGCUGUUGGUGGUGGUGGCGCCUACUGA